CUCACAACAAUGAAAAAAUGAGAUAAGCAGCAAAUCAUCACAUUUGAGAAGCUGGAACCAGCAAAUGUUUAACAUUUCUGCCUAAUAGAAGUAAGUUUGAGGUUGUUAUUAUCAGCUGUUCACCAACAAAACUGUAACGAGUGAGUCGUUUUUCUGACUGGUCAGUCGUUAAGAGGAUACGUACAGAUUCCUUGAUUGUUUGAAUCAGGUUUAGAAAGGUUUAACUGUUGGUUCUAUGAUUAGAUGAAUUCCCUCCUCAGUUACAGGUUAGCUGACUGUAACCGGUGUUACAGGUGAGAUAGUCCUCAAUAUUAGUCUUGGCUCAACCCGUCCUAAGCCUGUUUAAACAGCCAUUGCCGGAGCAGCAUCGCAUGUUCUGCAAACUGGCAGCUUUAAUCUUCAAAAUCUGAGAACCUCGUUUCAGACACAGGCUGUUAUUACCAGAUUUAUGCUAAGCUUGGGGGAUAUGUUGUGUUGGGGGCGACUGCAUCUGCACACAGUCUUUACAAAAUCCUGCCUUCUCUGGCUCUGCAGGUGUGUGUGCAGCAAGACGAGGCAGAGUGAAGCGACUGCACUUACAAGACAGUUUGGGGUGUUUUUUUGAAGUCAAGGGUUUUUGUCAAUAUGCAUCUCCAUUAGAUUGUUCGGUGUUUAUUACAUGGUGCUAUGCAGAGCUGAUGUAAGAUAUGAUAUGAUUUGUGACAGCGUUGGCAGUCUUUGUGUUUCAGCCGAUCUCCAGCUUUUAAUUCCAAUACAUCUCAUAUUGUUAAUAUAAGAUAAAGUAAAUAACUCAAUCAUCUUUAUUUUUCUAGCACCUUUCAUACAAUCAUGCAGCACAAAGUCUAAUUAAAACGGCACAGACAAAAAUAAAAUAAAAUAAAUAAAUAACACAACGAUAGAAUUUUGCAAGACUAAAAACAGAUAAAAGUCAGAAUAAACUCAAGAGAAAUAAUAUGAAAACUAGCGAUUAAGACUUAAAUACUAAGGCAGUAAAUGAUGUGGCACCUUAAGUUUAAUUAAGAAAUUACUGUUAAAUGCAUAUUAUCAUGCAAGUUUUAUCACACACCAUCUAUAGUAUCUACAAACUAGAUAAUUGAGAUUUGAGGAUAAUCUCGCUGUUUACCAAACUUUCAGAAUUGAAAAGACAGCCCUGUCACCUCCAGCUGACGGCCUGCCUCUCACACUGAAUGGGACUUUGUUGCAGAGAGAGAUGGAAGGGAGAUUGCGGCCUAUUUAUAGUAACGCUUGUGAAUCGUGUGCCAAUUUUGAGAGGCAGAGGAACAUCAGGGACAGUUUUAAGGAAAAUGUAAUUGCUCUGAAGAUCAAGUUAGAUCAAGAUCACCUUCAUUGUUUUUAAACUAAUUUAAGAGGCCAGCGCACUGCAGACUUUAAAAAGAUGCUGUUUGCAGGAGACGUCUCACUUUUUUAAGGAGCAUUUUUUCAUUCAAUUACAAUGAUGAACUUACUGGUGACGAGCCAGACAGAGAUCAUCCUCUGCUGACAUUCAGCAGACAAACCUGUGAUGCAGAGAUCCAUGUUCUUCAAUAUGGCAGCUUUAGUUUCACAUGGCAUGAAGUGCUAAGUACUGCACCCUGGCCUCCUCACUCUAGACACAUAACACCAUGUACUAAUCCCCUUAACACCAGUUUUGCAGAUUUGAGAGUGAAGAAACUGUUCAGUUUAGGUCGAGCCACGUUAAUCCCCCAUGUCGAGCCCACUGUAUCAUUGUUUUUGGAUGUAGCCUGACUCAUUCUGCAACGUCAUUUCUGAAGUUACACGUCACAUGAUUUAACCAGAUUUAACUCUUUGGUGCUAAAUAAUGACUUCCGGCUUUUAUCAUGGAUUAAAUCAGGGAUGGUUUCGGAAACAAAGAGCCUGGGAGGAGCAGUGACUUGAAAUCUAACAACGGUUGAACAAAAGUUGAAAGCUAAGCACACUGGUUGCAGUGAGUAGAGGAAAUGAAGGAGACUCCCAUGAUGAGGAUUAUCUGAUCUGACGGACUGACAUGCUCAUUGAUGUAUUUGCUCAAAUAGUCCAAAACGUGAUUGCUUUGUGUCAAGGGAGUCCGGCUGAAAGCUUAAGUGUUUGACUCAUCCCUUAAAAGGUGAUAUGGAGCUAAUUAGUCCGUAUGUGUUAAAUAUCCACUUACACACGGUGUGUAUAAGACUUUGGUCAUAUCACCCCUACUGGUUUUAAUCCAUAUCGUCAUACUGGUAUAUGAUCAUGAAAGAGUCAUCAAUUUAAGGUCUUGAACCCUGCAGAAACCCCGACACAGCCGAAAACAUGUCUAUUUUCUAGCGAUAAGACCCAGAAGUUGAGUUUAUUUUACCCUUCAACAACAGGUUGCUUCCUGCGUCAUAAAUAUUACACUAAGCCAUAAAUGUACACACAGGUGACUUGCUCCUGGGUCAGCUCCAUUGAGUGUGUCUCUGCUCAGGACAGCAGCGUUUAAGUUCGGAGAGGGGUUUACUUUAUUCAUGGGGACGUGAAUAAUUUACUCGGUCAGGUUUUGCCAGGGUUCACUCAGAGAACACAGUCAUAACGGUACCAAGCGCUCAAUCUCUCAAAAUAUUUGAUAAAUCCAGGAUUUACCUGAAUAAUAGGCUCCUUGUCCACAGCGUGUCCCGAUUAGACUACUUUUUCUGCUGUGUUUUGUUCUGGUACAGUGUGGUGCAUUACACAACCAGUGGCACGAGGUAAUGAGUGACCUGCAGUUCACCAGAUAUUUGAUAUUUAGUGGCUUACUUAAGCACAUUUUGUCCAAUUAUUUUACACAGAAGCAAUGUCCACUUUAUUUGACCGUGUCUGAGGAAGAGGCCGGGAGCCAAAUGUGAUUUAUGGAACAGACCAGAUUUAUAUGGCUUGAAUACAUUCGUGAUUGCAGUCUGUCACCUUCUGAAUGGUGAACUGCAGUACCUCUGCUGUUGCCUAGAACCGCUGUACUGUAAACGUUUGGCUCUGUUUGCUACACGCACCUCAAAGGUGUCAUUUCAUAUCCUCUGUGUGUGAAAAGAGCAUUUUUGGCAGCACGGUCCUUUUGUCUUUGGUCUCUGAGCAAUAGUGGCUGUGUGUGUGUGUGUGUGUGUUUUGUUGCUGAGAAUAUGCUCUACUCUCUCUCUCUAUUGUGUGUCCUCUCUAUUGUAAACAAGACAUGGAAAUCGGAGAGAUAAGCCAGCGCUGUGAAGAAGAGCUGCAACGAUUCAUCCAUUAGUUGUCAACUAUUAAAUCAAAAAAUCUUUCGUAGCUCCAUGGCCAUCGCUGCUGCCGCCCGCCCUCUCCCUCUGGGAGGGUAACCUUCAAAGGCUCUGCUCAGCACGAUGGAUGACCAGCUGAGUGAUGGAGAUGGACAGAAUCAAAGGAUGUGCUCCCUUCAUUGUGACCAGAUGAAGGGACAUCUACCUUCUUCCGGCAGUGAGGGGAUGUACACUGCAGCAUUUUGAUGUUCUUCAGAGCAAAUUGACGCAGUUAAAAGGAAAUCUUUUGGAAAUAAUUUUUAAAAAAGAGGAACCACAGCUCAUAUGCUGACUGCUUCUCCCUGUGAUGCUUGUUAUGAGUUGUCCAUCCGUAACCGAUGAACCGGAGAGCUGCAGCAGCGAGGGAAGCAGCUGCACCACUUCCUCCAUCACCACCUCUGACCCCUCCUCUAUGUCUGGACACACUCGCACCUCCCUACCUUCCGCCGGCGAUGCCCCUCACACCUCUAAGCACGAAGCUCCCCCACCUCCUCCCCUUCCACCCCCACCCCCCACCUUCACCAACCACAACGCACGGAAGAAGCGCCGCGUCCGCAGCUUCUUCUGGAAGCCGAUACCGGAGGAGAAGGUUCGCGGGAAGCCCAACAUCUGGACGAUGGCGGUGCGGCAGCAGCAGUAUCAGAUCGACGUUCGCUCCGUGGAGGAGCUGUUCGGGCAGCAGGAGGACACGGCGACAGGCGCACGUGGGGGGACGCCGGCCUCUGGAACCUCAACCCGUGUCUCCAGGACUCGCUCCUUCAAGGAGAGCAGCAAGGAUGAGAUCAGCAUCCUUGACUCCAAGAGGGGGAUGAAUGUGGGAAUUUUCCUGAAGCAGUUCAAGAAGUCCAACCGCUCCAUUGUUGAAGACAUACGACGAGGAGAGGGAAAGAUUUACGGAGCGGAGCUGCUCAGAGACCUGCUGAAGCUCCUGCCUGACGUAGAGGAGAUCAAGAAACUUCAGGCGUUUAAAGGAGACUCAGACAAGCUGACACUUGUUGAUUCCUUUAUGUUCCUCUUGAUCCAGGUGCCUCGGUUCGACGUUCGGAUCGAGGCCAUUGUCCUCCGCGAAGAGUUCGUCCCUUCCUGUGCUGUGAUGAGCCGCGAGAUCGAUGUCGUCCGCGUCGCCACUAGAGAGCUGAUGGGCUGCGAGGAGCUUCAUGCCAUCCUGCAUCUGGUGCUGCAAGCUGGGAACAUCAUGAACGCUGGCGGUUACGCAGGCAACGCUGUGGGCUUCAAGCUGUCAUCCCUCCUCUCAUUGGCCGACACCAAGGCCAACAAGCCGGGCAUGAACCUGCUGCACUUUGUCGCCAUGGAGGCAAAGAAAAAGGACGAGAAGCUGCUCAAGUUUCCAGAGAAACUUCAGGAUGUCCAGAGCGCCGCCAGAAUCUCAGUGGAAAACAUCGAGGUGGAGUUCUCCUCCUUAUAUGUUCGGAUUAAAUCCCUGGAGGAGAAAGUUCAAGAAGACCAGGAGCUUCUGCAGCAGCUGGAGCCCUUUCUGCAGAGUUCAGCGCGGACACUGCAGGACCUGAAGAGACGCAGGCUGGAUCUGCGUAAAGAGGGGAACGCUCUCAUCGACUUCUUUUGUGAAGACAAGGACACCUUUAAGCUGGACGAGUGCUUCCGCAUCUUUCAGGACUUCUGCAUCAAGUUCAAGAAGGCUGUGAAGGACAACACGGACCGUGAGUUAAAGGAAGCGGCCAGACAGCGUCGUCUGCGGGAGUUGGAGGAAAAGCGGUUCGCUUGGUCGGGGGCAGAUCAGAGCGGUGGAUUUGGCCGGAGCAGCAGCGAGAACGACGUGGAGAUGCUCACCAAGGAAGGCCUGCUGGAGUUAUUCCAGCAGAGGUCUCAGAGUCCACACAGUCCGCUGGGACGCUCCGCCAGCGCCCGCCGCCACCGUCACACCAUGACCUCCAUAGCGGACCGAGAACUCCAAGGAUACCUGGAGCUAUUCGGAGGCUCUGGGAAUCCCACUGACUAUUCCAAGUUUAACAGCCUACCUCGGUCGGGCCGCACCGUGCAGCGGAGGACGACCCCCUGGAUCUUAGCCCAGGACGACAACCGCGAGCUGGACAGCGACAGACAAGUGACGUCUCCGCGUGCUGAAACUGAGCCUAUCAGCCCGCUGGCCAGGUUUUCCUCCUCUGGGCUAAGUGAUAAUGAACCAUACAGCAAUAAUUACUCAUCUGUGUCAGAGGGCAGCGCUCUGCCUCGUCCCUUUUGUGUUUUUCAGAAGUCCUCCCAUCUCCCCAACCCAACGAUUAGCGGCCACAUGAACGUUAGUGUAGAGACGCACGCUUUAGUUCGAGGUCCUCAAGCUUUCGACCUACCUAGUCCAAACAACAAUAGUAAUCCUAUGCACUUUGUCAACCAGGGGGAUGUCGUGGUGACUGAUUUGGAAAAGGACAGACUGUCCCUUCCUAUAAAUCUGGACAUCCUCCUACAUGAUAGCGUUUUAGAAAGAGGAGCAGAUCCCAAGGUGGCCUGGGGAGGGAAAAUAGAUCCUCCCACACAGGCUGGCGUCUUUCCUGAGAGAGAAGAAGAGGACAACAGCACAUUUUCAUCAACAACCUGCGAUACACCCCUCCCAUUAGAUCCACCUGUAUCCAAUAAGAAACCAACGGUUUAUGUACUAGACUGCACAGAAACGGACUGCUCUGUCACCUCUGAUUACUCUGAGGUUGAAAGCUCGUCUCUAACGAAAGAAGGACUUCAUUUCAGAACGACUGGCCGCAGGAGGACCGAUCCGGAGAGCCAGUCCAUGUCGCCCAACGACCAGUCCGUCUCAACCAACGAGCUUUCGGCACCCAAAUCUGUGGACGCAGCAUCCAUGACCCCUUCUGCUACCACAGAAGAGUGGGACUCGGAGAGCUGUGACACGGCUGAGGGGAAACAAGGCGCGGAUAAAGAUGCGCAGAGAAGCAGCAGAAAACCAGCGCAUACAAAGAGCAAAGCCAACAAAGCGCCGAAGAGCAGCGGAGGUCACGUUGUGCGAACGCUGACCAGCAGCGAGACCCAGGGCAUGAGGAAAGUGGUGCCCAUCAGCAAGCUCACAAGGACGGGUGGCGGCAAGGCAGCGGAGAGACCUUUGGCGCAUGACAGUGGAGGGUCGCGCCGGCCUCUCCGUGACCAGAGCACCCCAGCGAGAGGAAGGAGCGAGAGGACCACAAGACCUCCUCGACACUCCAGUCUGCCUCCGGAUGAGUCGAAAGAUCAGAGGGCAAGCAGCAUCACAGGCGGCGUUUCGAGAUGGGCACGCGAUUCGAUUCCGAGAAAGGCGUCCAUCCACAAGCCGAGCGCCAAACCCCUGAGGAACAUCCCCAAGCCUGCGCCCGAGGAGAAGAUGUGCCGCUCCACCAUGAGAGCGCUGGCCCAAGCUCAGGCUCAGGGGGGAGCUUCCUCCGAGAACAGCAGCUGUCCCACGCUCAGCUCAAAGAACACACCCGACGUCCCCGGCUUCGCCCGCAACACCGUGGCUUCGACCUCCAGGACCAAGAAAGAGCUGGCGGCCCCGUCCGUCCCCUCCACCCCGUCUCGCAGCCCCUCGCUUCCAGGUCGACAAAGCCCGGCGAAGCAGAACAAGUUGGCGCCCACGGUUCCAACCAGCGAGGAGCGGCCACGCGGGACAAGCCUGCGACGGGUGCAGAGCGUGAAAGCAACCAGUCGCAGCGCCUACCGCAGCGGGACUCCCCCACCACCUCCAACAAGGGAAGAUAUUCGUAAGACUAGCAGCAUUUCUGAAAAGUCCGUCCAUUCUAGAGACCUGGUGACGUUCAGCAGGGGCGCUAAACCAAGCUGGAAAUGAAGCCAACGUGGUGGAAACAGACUGCAGAAAGACCAGAAGAAAGAGACACUGUGAUGUAAACAUUUUUUCCGCUCUUCUUCGCCUUCUACGAUGCAGACGUAUCCUCUCAUAUCGUGCAGAAGACGGGAAUCUGAAAACAAGUUUUAAGCUAUUCCCACACUUAAAGGUUCCUCCAGUAGAUUCUGUAUCUAUUGCAAAGAGCAAGAUGCAAUGAACUGCUCCACAUGUUCCUGUUUUGUUGCUGUUGUUUUCACAACUUCCCCUUUUUUAAUCGAAGGGGGGACAUUAACUAAACUGACAAAUGGCAAAUUGUUGCUUUUACCCAGGAGCCUCUUAGCCUGCUUAGCUGUCUAGUAACUGUAUACGCUAGUGUCUGUGAUGAUGUUGUCGUUGAACACCACUGACGAUACGAUGCUGCUAAUUAGCGCUGACAAUUUGAGACUGAGUUCCAGUGUCCAUUUCAUUCAGGGUUACAGGAUUUGUUUGUACCUUAUCUUGCUGCUGUUACGAUGUCUUUUUGUUUCUCCUGCAGAGAAUCGCUUCUGUUCGCUUUUUGGUUCCUUUGCUUGAUACCUCAUAAAGAUCUCAGUGGCCUUGUACCAGCAGAAGAGUUAAGAGUUUAAGAGUUAGUUCAUUUGGCUCUGCAUGAUGAAGAUGUAGAUCUGGUUUAAACUGCAAUGUCACUUUUUACAAAUCCCUGGUAUAUUAAUAUUACUACAAUAUAUAAAGUCACAAAUUAUAAGCCAGUGUAUACCGACUGUGGUACUUGUUGUACCUUUUGUAUGUAAGUAUCAGUAGCUUGUAAAUGUGUUAGAACUCCUCCGUAAUAUCAUGGGGUAGACGUGCACGUAGGAAACGUUUCCUGUAUGCUGUAGGCUAAUACACGGUCAACGCUAAUGCUUUGAGGGAAAAGCAGCGAACGCGUCUGAAACAACACUGAGAUGAUCAUCGGUCAUGUGAUUAUUUUGACUGUCUGCUGUGAAUGUCUUCAUCUCGUAUUUUCUCUAGGUCAACAAUAACUGGUCAUACUUCAAGGUAGCCCCAGUUUUUGUCUCUCGUGUGUCUGCAUUACAUAUGAGUCACAGAACAUCUGUUAUUCUGAAAACAAUCAACAUUUACAGCUGUUUAAAAAGGUAUUUCCAGACUCUCUUAUAAUCACGUGGAGGAAAAUAGAAUCUAUUUGUUAAAAACACGAUAACAAAACAUUUCCUAUGCUGGUAGCUGGAAAUGACUAAAGAGUAAUAUUAACAUGAUAUUUUGUAUGAAAAUAAGGUUAUAGAUUCGUACAAAUUGGGCAUGAACACAUACAUUUGCGUAAAUGUUUCCCAAUCCAAAGAUGGUAGCAGGAAAUUGAAUUUUUGUAUUAUCCGUUAUAUUUGUGCAUAUUGAUGUUACAUCGUAUUGUUUUAUAUUUUCAUACAAAAUAACUGGUUUAUGUCUCUCACGGAAACUGUGUUGUUGGACGAUAUAUUGUCCCAGAAAUAUUUGCAAUAAACAAAAUUAUUGCCAUUUUAAGACUAUUUUAUGCCACUGAUGUAAUGAACAUUUAAUUCUUGAAGAAAUUGGAAUUGCAAUGUGAAAGAUAAAUUUAAAUAUUCCCAAUAAAUAAAGACAUAGAUAAAAUAAAACCAAAACAAUAAAUAAAAUAGACUGGUGUGCGAACACAAAUGUGCAAUGUCUGCGCUGUGCCCAAGUCUGAUAAUGAGGAAGAACUAUUCUCAUUUCCUGCUACCUGGAUGAGAAAUGUACAUUAUUUAUCUUGUAAAGAUGUUCAGCUCCAUUACUCGUAUGUUAUGGUUUGACACGAGAGGCACAAACUGUAGCUAAAAUUCAGCCCUGUUGAUCAUUUCACACCACUUGCCUUUCAAACUGCAUUGUGCCAUUGCCUUGAUGGCAGCAGCACUCACAACAGUGCGUCGCCUUAAAGCUUAAUGUAACCGACCCAUCACCAGUAGAAACUUCUCGAUUGUAAAAGGAGAGUAGAAACUGUUACUACAUUCCAUCGCACGGAGCUGAAGCAGCAACUCCUGUUACACUUUGUACAUAAUGUAUAGACAUAGUAUUUUUCUGACUAUCAAUAUGUUUACAUAGCAUUGAAAGAUGAAGAGUAAAAGACUGAAGUGUGCGAGCGCGCAGAUGUUUUAAAAUGGUCCGAGCAUCCGUAUCUUUUAUCGGAGAGUGUUGACAUGCGGCGGAUGUCUUCCUGUUCCUUGUGAUGCAAAUGAAGGUGAUGAGCUGAUGACACAAAAGGCCCAGUGUGACAUGCCACUGUGUGUGUGGCCUAAAGGUCCUGAUUCUGCAAAAAAAAUAGUGAAAAUUGCCCGUCACAGAAUAACAUCCUGAAGCCCAAGUAGACAUUUUCAAGAUGCUUAUUUUGUCCAAACCCAAAGAUAUGUUCAUUUUAUUUUUCAUUAUGGAAGUAACUUGCUGGUUUUCUAAGCACAUUUGAGAUUUGAUGUUGUCAAAAUGUACUAAUUUUCUUUCUGCUAAUUGAUACAGCUGUGAUUCAGCUCUGAAGUAAUAACUUUUACUUGACCUGAAAUAAAUUUGAGCAUGAAAAUUCACCUUGUAAACCAUGCAGUUUAACACGAUUAAGAGCUCGUAAGUGCACCUUAAGUGAAGACUGUGAUACCCAUUCAAAAUAUUCUUAAAAUCACAAAGAUUGUUGAAAAAGAAUCUACUAUGUUAACUGUUUAUAAGAUUUAUAAAACUAUCAUUUCAAACCGAGGAAUAAUUCCUCAACAUUUGUCUCAAGGUUUAAUUACUUGAAUCAACGUUUGUUUACACUUGGAUCAUUUGCAUUAGGCUGUUUACACACACCACCUUAUUUUGCAACAUGAA